AUGGACACUUCUACACUUGUGUUGGCUGCCGGGGACAAAUUAUGUGACAAGACGGUGUGCGAGGCACUGGGCCGCUUUGAAGCCACACUGGCGGCGGCGGUGCGCAAGGUGCAUGUGGACGUGAGCGCCUUCAAGCGGGGUGUGGAGCGGCGAGUGGACGAGGUGUGCCGGGCACAGGGACCCCUGUACGAGGCUCUUCAGCGGCUGACGCAGGAGAACCUGCAGCUCCGGAGCCAGCUGGAGGUGCUGGCCUGCCUGAUGGAGGGUCUGACGGGAAGAGUGGUGGACAGAAGCGCCCUCGAGGAGACGGCCGGUAGGGGAUGGAUCCCCAUGACUUCGUCCCAGGAGACGGGGAACAUAAGCCAGGGGAGCCCCUCCACCACGGUCCCCUCUGGACUGUCGGAGUCUGGUUCUUCUGGUCUUGGUUCUGAUGCCUCUAGUUCUACAUCAGCCUCUCUCUCCAGCAGGGAGCCAAUGGGGGAUAUCAGCAUGUCUAAUGGACAUAAGGUUGUUGACAAAAUGGAAGAGGAAAAUGUUACUGCUGUGUUGGAGAAUGGACAUGACAAAGAAGUGAAGUCUGCUGGUCAUUCAUUAGCAGAUGUCACCUCACCCAAAGCAAGAUCGGAUUAUUUGUAUAAAUCUGCAGAGAGUUUGCCUGGACAACAUCAGGAAGUGAGGUCACCAGUCAGCAGUCAUGCAGCUCAGCAAGAGCACCCCACCCCUGUAUCUCUGGCCCCGCCCUAUGCCUCUGUCAGUGCCAUGAGCAAAACUAGCCCCGAGGUACCAACUACACCAGCCCCAACUCAGUCCCCUGCCACCCCAUCUUGGGCCCCUGACGCCCCAACUCAGUCUCCUGCAGCCCCAACCAGGUCUUCCGCAGCCCCAAAAAAACUCCUACCACCCAGAAAAGUGCCUUCCCCUGGCACAGACAGGAGCCUGGACAAGUUUGGCGGUCUGGAAAGUUUUGGCGGUCCGAACAAGUUUGGCAUUCUGGACAGGCUUGGUGGUCUGGACAAGUUUGGGGGUGGUGGGGAGCGGAAGCUGCAGAGGUCACAAACGCUGCCUCGCAACCUCGGGAUGCAGGGCAAACGGUCUCUGUUUGAGAGUUUGGCCUACGAGUGUGACAGGUCCAAGGCUGCAGGCUCCAAGCACAAACUGCAGCGCUCUCAGAGUUUCAACAGCGCUAGCAACAUCAAGGCAAUGCUCCUGGAGUGGUGCCGCUCCAAAACCAUUGGCUACCAGAACAUAGACAUCCACAACUUCUCGUCCAGCUGGUGUGAUGGGAUGGCAUUCGCUGCCCUGGUCCACUCCUUUUUCCCCCUGGUGUUUGACUACAACACACUGAACCCUGCCAAUCACAAACACAACUUUGAAGUGGCCUUCACCACAGCAGAGGAGCAAGCCGACUGUGUGCGUCUCAUAGAGGUGGAGGAUAUGAUGGUGAUGGGUAGCAGACCAGACCCUAUGUGUAUUUUCACCUACGUCCAGUCCCUCUACAACCACCUCAAGAAGUUUGAAUGA